AUGAGCAUCGAGCGCAACGACAGUAAGCGCUGUGUUCGAGCAACUGGAACGUCUGCUGUCCGUUCCCAGCGCGACGCGAAAGGGCCGACUUUGCAAGACGGCGUCCAACAGGUGCAGACUGGCGAAGGCGACCAAAACGCGUUGCUCAUAGGUCUCGCGCCGCCACUGAACAGCUCGGACCCGCUCGCUCGUCUCUGCUGCUGCAAGUUCAAGCGACUCGGACAUGGCUACAUCCUGUACGAGCGACGUGGCGAUGCAAAGACAUAUACGCUCGUAGUCGUCGGGCCGCACUGGAUUGGGGUCUUGAUCACAUCGGGUAUCAUUCUGCUGUGCACGGGCAUGUUCCUCUUCGAGCGCAUGGCCACAAUGCCAUUCUACGCCACACUCCUGACGUGGAUAUUGUGCGCGGUGACGCUCUACUAUCUGCUGCGCACGGCUUGCGCGGACCCCGGCAUUGUGCAGCCGCUGCGCACGACAGACGGCCUGUCACGGACUUUAGACGAGCUCGAGGCAGCAGAGUUGGAAGCUGGAGACGGUGGUGCAGGUGAUGAUGGCCGGUCGUGUGCGAGACGACGUCGCUUUUGUGACAUCUGCGGCAUCCACCAGGACCGCUCGACGCAGCACUGUGACGACUGCGGCGCCUGCAUCGCUGGCUAUGACCACCACUGUCCGUGGAUGGGUAAGUGCAUUGGCCGAGGCAACCAGCACGCGUUCCGGAUGUUCAAUGUCUCCUGGGUCAUCUACGUCGUUUUCGUGCUUUGCAUUGCCAUCUCGAGCACCGAUGAGGAACACACUCGAGCGUAG